AUGUUGAAGUCUGAGAAAGGGUUAGUGCUGCCGUGUAGUCUAUUUUUUGUCCAAUCCGUGGUUCCUCUGUUGCACGGUUAUGAGAGAAUCGAAAAAGUCAAACCGGGAGAUUCCGAUACAUUCCUGUUAACAGAUGCCUCGACAGGUCUCCAAGCGGGAACAGAGAAGUCGAAUCGCGGUAUCUUCAAGUCUAUAUUUCAGGCCGGCAAAGGAGGACUCAAGCCCUUUUUCGUGACCCAACCUAGAACUCCCGAUGGCGAAUUUCUAAUCAGCUGGGAAGUCUGCUAUGAAAUCUCUCAUAAAGCUUUUGCAUCGUCUCCGCCUUCUAGGACACAAGAAAUGGCCGAGGCUGUCCUGAAAUUCGGCCCUCAAUUCGAUCGACAUCAAGACGAUCCCGAAGUCGAAAUGGAGCAUAUCAUGUCUACAAUCGAUCUUUUCUCUCGUUCUCUUGAGGAAGAUAAACUAAGUGCAGCUGAGAGGAUCUGGGCUGUUGGGGUACUUUCAUACCUAAGAUCUCGAAUUUCGGAGGAAAACAAAACCGUGAUCCCUAGUCUGUGGACAGCAGAUGACUUGCGUAGACCUCGGGCAGGCAGAGUUGCUAUUGUUUCUCCUGCAAGGUCAAACCUACAAAAUCUGGAUAUAAAAACAAAACAUGGGAUACGCGGCCCGGCAGAUGUGGAGAUAAUUCAAAGGGAAUCGGUAGUACAUCUUAUCAGCAAUUUGGGAGACUUGGGCCAUGAUGACCCAUCAAUACAUUUUCAAAAGGUUUAUCUCGCUUUCAUCAACUUGAAAACUCCCAUAAAUCGGAAGACAGCCUCAUCAUUGAUGGGAUUGAUGAGAUUGAUCGGAGAACAACUGAAGUCCUCCAAAACACCAACUAAGAAAGAGUCAAAUACAAUUCGAAUGUUAUUACAUCUUGUGGAAUACCAUUAUGAGAGCUCUAGUGAAUUUACAAAGUUAACCCGAAUACCAGACAUUAGAGGCAGAAUACUUGAAAAUGCGAUACGAUUCCAACUUGAAGAUAAACAACUAGAUCCAUUCGUCCGGGAUCUUUUGCUAGACUUUCAAAACAAAAAAUUCGUUGAUAGCGAUCGUACCAGCGAGAUCUUGCAUCUCAUAAAAGAAGACCGAAUUUCAAUUCCUCAACUAGGAAGAUUAUGGAGAGUGAUUACCUUGGUCCACAGGAGUGAUAGGGAAAUGUAUCCGGAUCAUGCUAUUUUUUUCAGCCAACACUCUGAAAUGAUUCCCAAACUUCACGAGAUGGUGUGGAAGUUUCGUUAUGGUCGAAUGAACCCCGAGAAGUUUUGGGAUUAUGAGAUAGAGCCAUUUGUCUUUGGUAAAUGGGACAAGAGAGCAGCACAAAAGUAUAGAACUCGUCUCGCCAAAAGGUUGAUCUCCAAAGGUCUUCUUACAGGUCGUGAGACUAUCAGAGAUACCGAAUGUUUAACUGAAGGGAUCAAGAAAAGGGUGUUGACUACUACGUUAUAUGGGAUUGUCAAGAAGGUAUCAGAUGACAAAGCAGUGACCCGAACGAAGAACAAGUACACAGAUUACUUGAUAGCAGAAUAUAUCCUUCAUCUUAUUUCAUUCAAAAAUGAUGAUAAGAUACUAUAUAACCAUCUUUUCUUCGAUCAGCACGUCCUAGGGAAAACUUCAAAGGAUUACACUCCGUUCUUCAAAAAACUUAGUCAGAAAGUGUUUGAAUUUAUCGAUUCUCCUGUUUGGCACGAUGAUGGCCAACCCGAGACGUUUGCAAAGGCUCUUAAACAACUUGAAACUUCUAUCCCCAGUGUGACAUUCGCCGCUGAGCGUGGCAAAUAUCAGGAUGCUAGUCUACCAAUCUGA